AUGCAGUCGGUGGUGACGUUUGAGAAGCCAUUGCCGCAUCUUAGUUUGGCCGACUGGGAUGCGAGGCUUUACGGUCUACAGGUUCUAGCCGAUACCAGGCGGGCUGACGCAUUCGACCUGCGACAUGGAGCCCACCAGCUUCGCAAUGAGACCCGUAUCAAGACCGAAUGGGACAGCUAUCACAACAAUAAUAGACUUAGAGCCAGAGUAUACGAAAUAGAACAAUGGAAGUCGACUAUACAGGAACUCCUAGAUCUCAUAGACAGAGAGAUGUCCAGUCUAAAAGAAGAGAAAGCUUCUACUGAGCGGGAGUUAGAACAACUGAAUCUCCCUUUACUGGUUUGCUCUGAAUGUCUGUCUAACCGAGACGGGAGACGAAGCACGGAACUUACUUAUGACCUUGCUGAUACUGAGUUGAAAAAGGAACUCUGUGUAACAGAAAGCAACAAAAAAAUGUUGAUAGACAGAUGCCAGUCCGCUUGGGAAAAGAUCAACAAGUUGGAAGUUGUUAAAUUCAAACUCCAAUUAGAUUUGAAUGAUAAGAACGAAGCUCUUCAGAUUGAUAAGGAUAUGCUCAAUUUGGACAAGGACUGCGCCAAUAUCACUUACAAGACUGACUCUUUGAAGACUCCGAAGAGAAUGAUUACCAACCAGCAAUGGCAGGACAAGUGCGAAGCAAUGAAACAGAUGGCAAUACUUGAGCUUCAAGAUACUCUGCGUCUUCGUGAGUCUCUGUUCGUCGCCCGGGGCCGAGCCAGGAACGCUUUGAGAGCCCAAACUGACGUCACCAACUAUAUGCUGCGGAGACGCAUCUAUGAUACUCAGAGAGCCAGGAAUGAACUGGAUUGGCAGAAGAUGAAGAUGGAAGAAAACAUGGACAAACUAGCGACUGAACUAAAAAUAAUGGGAGAACAGUUUGCUGAUAAAGUGAACGCUUUGAAAGUAGCUGAAACACGCUUGGAGACUCGUGGUUACCGUCCGGGAAUCGAACUGGCUGCUGACGAGGCUGAUAUAGGGUUGAAGGAAGAAGUUAGAUCUCUGAGAGAGACUAUUCGUCAACUGCAAGAUAAACUGGACUGUGCUAAAGCAACCUACAAUGCCUUGGAAGCGGCUUCCAUCAAAAUAGGAAUUGAUUUGAAUGACAAAAAUCAGUCUUUGGACACUGACACUCGAGCUCUGGAGAUGAGAGCAGCGUUAGAACCAAAACGACCAACGGGCCUAAGCAAGAAUUUGAUUCUUGCAAGCAUGGCUGAUGAAGUACCGAAGGUUGAAGGUUAA